AACGUUCAUGAGAUGGUUGAACUAACUCCAUCAAGUCAAGAUCUGAACACGUUGACCAGAAUGAGCCCUCGACAGAGCUACGUAGAAGGUGAAGCUCCUGCUUCUCAACCAGUAAAACCAAAGAGAGGGUCAAAGGUCACAUGGGCCCUGCUGGUGGUCUGUGUUCUCCUGGCAGCUGCUCUCAUCGUCAUUUGCCGUCUCUCUGUAGAUAACUGGAGAACCAACAAAAAUCUCCAGACACUGAUGAAGGAGAAUAAAGUUUUGAAGAAGAACAUCACAGAGAGUCAAUGUAAAACUCCACCAGUUGUGCAGCCUACAUGUCCAACACCUCCAGAAUUGAAUGAGUCGUGUCACAUAUGUGAAGCCGACUGGGAGCAACAUGGAGGACAGUGCUAUUAUUUCUCCACCAAUAAAUCAACCUGGAACCAGAGCAGAGAUGAAUGUAGAGGUAGAGGAGGAGACCUGGUGAAGAUAGACAGCAGAGAGGAGCAGGCAUUCCUGGAGAGAAGACUGAGAGAUAAAAUGACUGAGGCUGAGGACAAGUUCUGGAUCGGACUGACAGACUCACAGACAGAGAGGACAUGGUUGUGGGUGGACGGCUCAGCACUGGACACAGAUACAAGUUUGAUUUUUUGGGCCAAGAACGAACCAGACAACUGGGAAGGGAAAGAUCCAGAAGGAGAGGACUGUGUGAGGAUGGGGGAGAGAGGAGGAGCUCCUGACCUGAAGUGUUGGUUUGAUCAAUCCUGCGAAGUUCAUGAUAAAAGUAUUUGUGAGAAAUCAGGAAAACGUGGAAAGAUUUCAAACAUUUGUCAGCUUGAACAGUCUAAGAAAUAAUCUCAGUAGGAUACAGAAGGUGGAGCGAUGCUGGUUUUAUAACGUCACAAACAUUUAAAGUUUAUCUCAAGACAGUAAUACUCUCCUAUAUUUUGUUUUUCUUUCUUUCUUUUUUUUGCAGCUUAACAAUUUACAAGAAAUGUUUCACUCAAACCGUUUAGACACGACAGAUCCAAUAGUUGGAUGAUAAAUGUAAAAUAAAGUGUGAUUUAUCAAAUA